GACCGUAGUCUUGACGAGAUUAUCGCUGAGCGUCCCAGCCGUCGGCCACCGCCAGGACCACGUAGUAGAGCACCUCCACCACCUCGUCCCAGCCGUAGGGAGGAAUACCCUAGAGAUGGCGUUCGAAAGGUGCCUUAUCCUCCCUCCUCCUAGACUUCGCACAUCCGCCUACGACAUUCGACUGCCUCAAUCAACAGCGAACGGCGACGGCGACGAGCAUCCAACCGCGAAGAGUGUAGCUAACCGCCGCAUGACUGUCAACAGAAUCGCCAGGAUGACCGCUGACUGGGUUCACGAUCGCUUCGAGGAUGAUAGAUAUGACCACCGGCGUCCGGCACAUGAAGACCGCUACGAAACAGCUGGUAGACCCAGAGAAACUGGUGGCACCAAGCUUCGUGUCGACAACAUCCAUUAUGAACUGACAGAGGAAGACAUUCGCGGACUUUUCGAGCGCAAAGGCCCGCUAGUUUCUGUGAAACUGCUCUACGACCGUGCAGAUCGUAGUCAAGGCACGGCGUUUGUAACGUACGAAGACCCUCGUGACGCUCGUGAUGCUGUUGCGGACUAUGACGGCCAGAAUGCAAAUGGGCAGCCAAUACGGAUCACAACUAUGCCAACAGCGCCUGCCGCACCUACCGCACCCUCGAAAGCAAACUUGAGCAUGUUCGAACGCAUCGAACGUCCAACAAGAAGCAUGUUCGAGCGGAUGGAUAGCUCUGCGCUAGACAGUAGCAGAGAAGGUGGUGCAGGCAGACGGCGCAGAGAGAGGAGUGACAGUCCUCUGCGCAGUCGUCCGAUUCCUGAGCAUAUAGAUCGGUAUGUACCUGGUCGCGACUCACGCUCGCCAAUGCCACGCCGCGGGGCGCCCCGUGAGCCUGGAAGAAGGCCUGGCGCAAGAAGGGAAGACAGUGGCAGAGGUGGGCGGCCUGCACGAACGGACGAUGAUGGCAGGCCGCUGAGAGGUGGCCGUCCGCGAAAGACGGCCGAAGAGCUCGAUGCUGAGAUGGAGGACUACUGGGGCAGCAAGCAGGACGACAGGCCGAAUGGCGCACCUGCGAACGGCGGUUCUGCAAAUGCGGAUGAUGAUGAGGACAUGGUCUUGUAAGCAGACCAGAGCACAGGAUGAUUCCGUAAGCCAUCCAGACGGCGCCAUGUCUGGUAUUGCAAAUGGGCGUCGAGCGUGGGACGGUGCGU